AGUAUCUGGGGUGGGUAUCUGCAGGGCUAAGGUUACCAUGGUAUGCUAAGGACUGUAGGGACAGGACUAUAUAACCCCAGAAGAGCUGCUCCAAGCAGAUUCCCUGCCUUUUCCAGCUGGAGCUGCCUUGCCCCCGGGAGAUCUAAGACAUGGCACCCAAGAAGGCCAAGAGAAGGGCAGCAGCAGAAGGCAGCUCCAAUGUCUUCUCCAUGUUUGACCAGACUCAGAUCCAGGAGUUCAAGGAGGCUUUCACUGUCAUUGACCAGAACCGGGAUGGCAUUAUUGACAAGGAGGAUCUCCGGGACACCUUUGCAGCCAUGGGCCGUCUCAAUGUGAAGAACGAGGAACUCGAUGCCAUGAUGAAGGAAGCCAGUGGGCCCAUCAACUUCACCGUGUUCCUGACCAUGUUUGGGGAAAAGCUUAAGGGUGCAGACCCUGAGGACGUGAUCACUGGAGCCUUCAAGGUCCUGGACCCAGAGGGGAAGGGCACCAUCAAGAAGCAGUUCCUGGAGGAGUUGCUUACCACACAGUGUGACAGAUUUUCCCAGGAGGAGAUCAAGAACAUGUGGGCAGCCUUCCCUCCAGAUGUGGGCGGCAACGUAGACUACAAGAACAUCUGCUAUGUCAUCACACACGGUGACGCUAAGGACCAGGAAUAGGGGACCCAAGAUCUCAGAAGACCUAGAUAGGCAUCUAGCCUCCCCAACUCUCACCCGACCACCCGACCCCCAAUAAAACUCAACUGGUCUUUGUUUCUUA